AUGUCUAAUCCAGCCAAAGCCGGCAGUAUAAAGUUGGGCUCAAUAUCCGGCUCAGCGGGCUCCAAGAAGUCCAUCCCCCCCGACGACGCAGUCAAGACAGUGAAGCCCCCGACACCGGCUGACACAGCGCGCGAGGGGGCCACCAAGGGUCACGCGAGUACUACGAAUAGGGUCGAGCAUCACAAGGAGUCAGUCCAGGAAGGGCUGAAACACAGUGAAGUGCGGCUGUGGAUAGCAGCCGCCCUGUUAGCGGCCGUGGUGGUAAUUUGUGUCGCCGUCUACACACUGGUCUUGAGAAAGCAUCAGAUACCACGCGUUGAAUGCAAGUCGAAGCCCUGCCUCGAUCACGCCGAGAGACUACUCGCAUCGAUGGACACCAGCGUGAAUCCCUGCCACGACUUUUACGCAUUCACCUGCGGACGUUGGCAAAGCGCUUUUCCCCAUAAAUCUGUUCAAGACGUCAUGAACGAAAAGGCAACACAAGAUGAGAUCAAGGAAGUGAGCACUGAUCUUUGGCAUGUCGGGAGACCAAGCCGUCUCUACCACAAAUGUUUGCAUCCAGAACCAAGUGACAUCGCAGCCAGCAUUGUCGCGCUCGAAGAGAUCAUGACAAACUUGCUUCUUACGUGGCCCACGGAAAGGCCUCAGCCUACGGACUCGCAUCCUUUGGACGUGAUGGUUGAAAUGGCCUUUAGAUGGGACCUCAACUUUAUAUUCAGUAUGGAAGCCGCUCGCACGAGUGCUAUUGGCAAGAUCUUGGUUUUCCGGAGGGUCUACAGUAGCGCCGCUUGGGUUGAUCGCUUCGCGAAGCCCAUGAGCGCAGAACAGUACGAUGACAUUGUGAAGGCGCACUUGGAUUACCUAGGCGCUAAUAUGACGAAUGCCAAUAGCACACUCCUGCAGUUGCUAGAAAAUUCAUUCAUCGAAACUAGACUCCCUAAAGUAAACACAGGGCAAAAAUGGUUCAUAAUGGCCAAGAUUGAUUUAGAGACACAGUCAUUCAAGCGGGGCAUUUGGCUGCAAUAUCUCCAACUUCAUUCUGAAGACGUGGGCUACAAAUGGUCUUCCGAUGACUCGGUACUACUCGAAGACGCUGAUAUACUGUCAGAUGUCGAGAAGUUGUUUAAGAAACACACUCAUGUAGAGCUUCUGAUUGGCAUUGCCUGGAUGUUCAUACAGUCUCACCUGUGGGCGGUCGUUGGGAAACCGGAACUGAUGUUCGAAAGUGACGUAGAAGAGAAAAGAAAGUACGCCUGUCUGGAAUACGCUAACUUACGCUUGGGGCUUCUCUUAUCUGCCGAGCAUUUAAAUCAGCUCUACCCAACGAACGAUGACCGCCGUGAGAUAUUGAGCUUCCUGCUUGGCGUUAAGAGUGAGUUCAUAAAACUGAUGAGAAACACCUCGUGGAUAGACGUGCAGAGCAGAUAUACAGCCGAAGAGAAGAUCACCUCCAUGAUCCUGAAUUUGUUACCAGCCGAGCAAUUUUUCGUUCCUGCGCAGCGCGUUCUUCUUUACGAACAGUUCCCGUUAAUGAAUGAUUCUGGUUUCUUUAGGAGCUGGCUAAAUGCUUCUCUGGUUUACCAAACACUUCACAGCCACGAGCGCUUCCGUGAUGUGUACAAGAAGAGGCGGACUUUUCGUUACGAACCAUAUUCGUACUCUUACUUGCUGAAUGAUAUCAGUGCGGCGACUGUUGCGCUAGAACCUCCGAUGUUCUACAAAGGAGGACCGCACAUGAUCAACUAUGGUGGUGCGGGAAUUCGUGUUGCCCGAGAAAUCGCGAAAAGCUUCGAUCCGCGGGGCGUUAAUGUGGACAACCAUGGCGAGACCGUCUCUUGGUGGGGCAAGCAGCACUCGGCCGAAUACCACAGCCGUGCGACCUGUGGCUUAGGGGAAGGAGCACCCCCGACGAUGGGCGUGUUUCCCGCCAUACCCGCAAUCGAGGCGUCCUACGCGGCGUACAAGGUGGCGCUCUCAAAAUUGUGGGCCCUAAUAGGCAGGCGCACCGACCCCAGGAUUCCGGGCCUUGAGAGAUACGACGACGACAUGUUGUUCUUCAUGACUUACUGCUACACAUUGUGCUCCAAGAAAGGCGCCUCGGUUGUCCCGUUCCUUGAUUGGGACUUGGACCUGGAUCUUGACCUGGAUAUUGACCCGGAUCUGGACCUGGACUGCUGUCUCCACGGUGAUCUCGACGCCCGUGUGCUGGCAGUGGUUCCGUCGCAGCUCGGCCCUUUGAGGAGGUAA